AUGGGUGAGGAAGCUAAGCAGGAACAACCCCCAGCAGAGGAGAAGAAAGAAGAUAAAACAGAAGAGAAAAAGGAAGAGAAGACAGAAAAGAAGCCAGCAGAAGAAAAGAAAGAGGAACCGCCACCGCCAUCUCCUCCUUUCGUCUUGUUUGUGGACUUGCAUUGUGCUGGAUGUGCAAAGAAAAUUGAGAAAUCCAUUAUGAAGGCUAGAGGUGUGGAAGAAGUUGCGAUAGAUAUGCCUCAAAACCAAGUGACUAUAAAGGGAAUAAUCGAACCCAAAGCAAUAUGUGCUAAAAUCAUGAAGAGAACCAAGAGAAGAGCUAAAGUACUGUCUCCCUUGCCUGCAGCUGAGGGUGAACCUAUGCCGGAUAUUGUCACUUCACAGGUCAGUGGGCUAACAACCGUGGAGCUGAACGUAGACAUGCAUUGCCAAGCCUGUGCUGAGCAACUCAAGAGAAAGAUACUAAAAAUGAGAGGCGUACAAAGUGCGGUCACCGACCACAGCACGGGGAAAGUUACAGUCACGGGUACCAUGGAUACAAACAAGCUAGUGGAUUAUGUGUAUAGACGCACAAAAAAGCAGGCCAGGAUUGUGUCCCAGCCGGAGACCGAGCCUCAACCUGAACCCGAGAAACCGGAGGAGAAAAAAGAGGGCGAAGAGAAGCCAGCGGAAAAAGCCAAACCUGAAGAAAACGCAAAGAAAAAAGAAGAAGAAAAGCCAACCGAAGAAGCUAACAACGAAGCCGAAAACAAAGAAGGGAAGGAAGAGAAGAAAGAAGGAGCAGAAGACAAUGAAGAGGAAUCAAUGCAGAGAAUGAUCUACUACUACCAGCCUCUCUACGUUAUCGAGCGAAUGCCGCCUCCUCCUCAGCUCUUCAGCGAUGAAAAUCCCAACGCUUGUUGCAUUUCCUAG